CACUGCUACAGAAAUUUAAAAUGUUAGUAUUAUUUGACUCGUUGUGAUGGAAAAAUAAUCUGUGUACAAACUAUUCUAUUACUAAUUAAAUACAGUAAUAACUGAUAAGAUAAUGAAAAAUGGAAGUUAUAUACUCUGAAGGCUUACCGACUAAGUGUUAAAGCCUGCCAUGGUCUAUUCAAUUAAGUAUUUUGUACGCUCUUUGCACAAAUAUACUUAAACCAUCAUAGUAUAUGUCAGAAAUUGAGUUAUGUCUUUCUUUAGUUUGCGAAUCUUCUCGUUCUUCUUUAAAAUAAAUAUAUUUACCUUCUAUGCAUGGAAUUAAUUUUAUAUAAAUUAUAUCACAUGAUGUGUACCAAUACAAUUCAUCUCGUCAAAUAAUAUUAGUAAACGAGUGAUGACUGCUAUAUUAUGUUUAUUAAAUACUUGCACGGAUUUUGAUCAAUACAUCUAAGUUAAUCUUUAAUAUAUACUAAAAUGAAGAAUGAUAAAAUGUCAUAUGUUCGAUUUAAUCAUCAGAAAAUAACUCAUCAAAUAAAACGGAUAUAUUCUUUGAAAUCUAGAGAUAUUUUAUAUUUCAAUCGACCAGGCAUUAGUAAAAAUUCUCUCCUAACCUUCUUAAUUGGUGUCGUAUUUGGUCUAUUUUUUGCUUAUACUGUAAUAUCUGUUAGUGAAUGUCAUUUCAAAGACAUUGCAAUAUUUCCUUCAAAAUAUUCUUAUAAAAUUUAUCGUGAUCCUCAUUCUCAUGGCCACAAUGAUGAUGGAGAAACUAUUGAUGAUAACAUUGAAAUUAAAUCUCAUGGAGAGAAUGAGACAUUACAUUUCCAAGAAGAUACUGUAGCUCAAGAACUUAAAAAAAAAAUGAGAGUCCUUUGUUGGAUAAUGACUAAUCCCAAUACACAUAUGAAAAAAGCAAGACAUGUUAAAGCUACCUGGGGAAAAAGAUGUAAUACACUACUUUUCAUGAGCACUGCUGAAGAAAAAAGUUUACCUACAGUUGUUUUACCUGUCAAAGAAGGAAGAAAUCAUUUAUGGGGUAAAACUAAAGAAGCUUUUAAAUAUAUUUAUAAGAAUUAUAAGAAUUAUGACUAUGUUCUUAAAGCUGAUGAUGAUACAUAUGUUAUAGUUGAAAAUUUAAGAUAUAUGUUAUCAUCAUAUGAUCCAAAUUCUGCUAUUUAUUUGGGGUGUCGAUUUAAACCUUUUGUUAAACAAGGUUAUAUGAGUGGUGGCGCAGGUUAUUUAUUAAGUAAAGAAUCAGUGCGGAGGUUUGUAGAAGAAGCAAUACCGAAUAAACAAUGUCGUCAGGAUACUGGUGGUGCUGAAGAUGUUGAAAUUGGUAUAUGUUUACAAUUAGUUGGUGUAAAAGCUGGCGAUACUAGAGAUGCUUUAGGACGUGGACGUUUUUUUCCAUUUAUUCCAGAACAUCAUCUUAUACCUGGUCAUACAACUCCUGAUUUUUGGUAUUGGCAAUAUUUAUAUUAUCCAGGUGUAGAGGGAAUGGACUGUUGUUCAGAUACAGCAAUUUCAUUUCAUUAUGUGUCUCCUAAUCAAAUGUAUGUAUUAGAAUAUUUGAUUUAUCAUUUGCGGCCUUAUGGAUUGUCACAGAAAAUUGAUGUUACAUUAACUAAAAAUAAAGAUAUAAAGGAAAAUAUUAAUAGUAAUAUCAAAACCGAUAGUUUAGUAAAUAAAAAUUUUAAUGUAUCGACAUAGAUUGUUUUACAUUUCAAAUGACAACUAAAUUGUCAAUAACAAAUAAACGUUUUUUUAAGCAUAAUUAAUUGAUACUCACUAUAUCAGUGCCAUGAAAUUGCUUUAUAUUAGGGCUUACUCAAAAUGUCCUAUUGAAAUAAUUUUAAUAAUUUGUGAAAAAUUCUAGUCAAUUUGCUCAUUGUAAAAUAUUAAUAUUUCCAAAAUAUUUUCAAGAGCUUGAAAUUACUCUAUUUGUCUCUCUAUUCAAUAUUAACAAUAAAUAAUUAUUUAUCAUUAAUUAUUUUAAGGAUUUUGUUAGUUAAUAAUAUUUUUCUAUUAAUAUUUAAAAGUUAUAAAUAUAAUUGUAUUAAAACCAAAGAAUUUGUAUUAUAAUAGGGAUUUCUUUGUUUACAAUGAUUACAUUGGUUAUAAAUAUUUUUAUUAUUCAUAAUUCAUUAAAAG